GUGUACAGUGUAAAAAAUCACUUUAAAAAUCCACCAAAAAAAAAGAAAAACAAAAUAAAUAAUGUCAUUGAUGACAUAUUCAAAAUAUAAUGAAUUCAAACUGUGAUACGACUAAAUAUCAGCAGCAUACAAGUGAAAAGAUUUGCAGCGGUAGUGGCCUGGCCUAUGAAAAGCCCACCACAGCUUUAAUAAAUUUCAAACGUGAAUAUCUUUAUAACGCCACUAAGAAAGCGGCAAUGAACACAGUUAGCAACAACAAUAAUAAUACAAUUUUAAUUAACAACAAUAACAACAGCAUAAACAAAAGUCCUUUACAUCAAAAACACAGUCCCUCACACUAUAGCAACAUUAUCAAUAAUAACAACAUUAUGAAUUCUGCCACCAUGCUGAUGCAUCAUCAGCAGCAGCAGCAACAACAGAAUGGUGCACGUGACAAUAGCAGUAGUCGCGGCACAGACAGAGCUGACGAUCGUCCCAAUGGCAGAUCAUCACACACCGGUCGCGGUUCCAGUUGUUCACCAGCCUCCUCACCCACCCGUCAUCACAAUGCCGUCAGUCCUGUCACCUCUCUCAAUCACUCGAUGAUGCAGCAAAUGCAACAACAACACCAUCAAUUAAGUCCUCCACCCCAUGUGGGUGGUGUACCCACACCGAAUGGUCUGCCCGCCGGUAUGCCACCUCGUAUGCCUCACGGCCUGCCACCCCAUUCACUGGGUCUGCUCAAUUCCCUACAAAUGAUGCAUCAUGCCUCGCCGUUGGAAUUAAUGGCGGCGGCCCAUCAUCAUGUCCCACCCAGAACCUACAAUAGCCCGCCUCCCAUCUCCACCUCGGAUCCCAGUGCCAACGAGUGCAAACUGGUGGAGUAUCGCGGCCAGAAGGUAGCCGCCUUCAUUAUCAGCAGCGAGACAAUGCUGUGUCUGCCGCAGGCUUUUGAAUUGUUUCUGAAACAUUUAGUCGGUGGCCUACAUACGGUGUAUACGAAACUGAAGCGUUUAGACAUUGUGCCGUUGGUGUGCAAUGUUGAACAGGUGCGAAUAUUGCGCGGUCUGGGUGCCAUACAACCAGGGGUGAAUCGUUGUAAGCUGUUGUCGUGCAAAGACUUUGAUGUGCUGUAUCGUGACUGUACAACUGCCAGAUGUUUAUCGAUCAAACCACCAGAGAGUAACUCUCUGCAAUUCCGCAGUUCCAGGCCGGGUAGACCGCCAAAACGUGGACCCGUAGGAUUAUCCUUGCCACCCACCCAUCUCAGCCAGCAUCCACAAUUGAAAAAGCAUCGUCUAGAUAAUGGAGAUUAUCCCUAUGAAAACGGUCAUAUUACAGAUAUGAACCGCUUGGAAAAGUCUCCUUUAUUAGCCAAUGGCUAUAAUCCCCCGCCUAUUAAUCACAUGGCAUUUAUGCAAAUGAAUCAUCAUCCCGGUUCUGCUCUAAUGUCACCCGGUAUGCCUCCACAUGGUCUUCAUGCCCGGCCUGACAGUCAAAUGCUAAAGGCCGCCGCUCAAAGUGGCAUGUCGGCUGCAAAUAUGGAUGCUUUAGCCAGAUCCGGUAUAUGGGAGAAUUGUCGGGCAGCCUAUGAGGAUAUUGUUAAGCAUUUGGAGAGACUUCGAGAGGAGCGUACCGACGAACGUCAACAAAUGGGUGGAGUUGGAGGCGGCAUAAUUGGUGGUGAACAAAAACCACGUGAUUUAAGUUCACGUAACUGUUCCCCCAAUCGUCAAAGUCCUGUGUUAAAUCUUUCCAAAUCGGGAGGUAAUACCGAUCAGGGUAGCAAUUGUGAUGAGCGUAGCGAACGUAGUGAUAUGCAUUCCCCAGCCCACUCAGUCCGCGACGACAGCAUAGAACGGGCCAGUGGUCGUAGUGUUGGUGAAAUUGGUGGUGGCAAUGUCACAAAUAUGGAUGAAGAUGAGGAUAUUGAAAACCUAAGUGAUGACAAUGUGUCGGAAGUGGAUGAAAGAAUGGGCAAAGAUGAUGAAGAUUUAAGUGAUGUUGAACGCGAUAAUAAUUCUCCUGCCUCACAACGUCUCCAGCGCGCCCAUAAUAUGCCCCACAACAUGCCCCAUCACAAUGCCGCGCUGGUGGGUGCGGUAGAUCGUGUCUCCGUGAAUGUCUUAAGCGAUCAUGAUCCCACUCAUCCAGCUUUGCAACAUGGUUCACCCUCACACAAUGCAGCAGUGGCUGCUCUGCAACAUCAACGUGCUUUAAAUUACUCCACACUGGCAGCGGCAGCAGCCGCUGCUAAUGGCCCUUCGUUACCAGUCGCAGUCAGUGCUGGUGCUCUAACACCCAACGAAGCUUUAUUGGCGGCAAGUGAUGCCUCCACAGCGGCUGCCGCCUUAGCAGCGGGAGGUCUUACCCUUGGCCCUCUAGCCAUGGAUCCUGGUGUACCCUCUUCCACCGAGACUUUGCUGCGAAAUAUACAAAGUCUUUUGAAAGUGGCGGCUGAUAAUGCCCGUCAACAGGAACGGGCCUUAAGUUAUGAAAAAGCUGAAUUAAAAAUGGAUGUUUUACGCGAACGUGAAGUUAAAGACUCAUUAGAAAGGCAAUUAGUUGAUGAGCGGAAGUUAAGAGUUCUCUAUCAAAAACGUUAUAGACGUGAGCGUAAAAUGCGUAUACGUUAUCAAACACAAAUCGAGGGUGGCAAACGUAAAUCACCAAAUGCGGGUGGUGUAAAUACCAGCAAUACGGCCUCAAACACAAGCGGCAAUAACAACAAUAAUAAUAACAACAACAGCAGCAACAACAAUAAUAAUAACAACAACAGUAGCAGCAAUAACAAUAAUAAUAACCACAAUACAUCAUCAUCAACAAAUUCCAAUAAUAGUGUUAAUGACGACGUCCGUUCAAUAGAUUCCACCUCGUUGCACAGCAAACACAGUGGCAGUAUUUCGGAUUUAACCAGAAAAUCAGAACAAGAUAAUGAUGGCAAACAAAGUGAAAAGUCUGAUAAGUCCUCAAUGUCCUCAAUAAACUCGCAUCACUCUCAAGCGCCACCACCACAACAACAACAACAGCAGCUACAACAUUCUUUACUUCCGCCACAACAACACAGUGAUGAUCAUCAUCAACAACAGUCACAGUCGCUGCUGCAACAACAACAGCAUCAUCAACGCCAUUUACGCCAUCAUUCGGAAAGUCCUAGCUUCAAGCGCGAACCUCAAUCGGAUCAUGAAAGUCAUAGUGCUGAUGAUAAUCACACCUCGGUACAUCAUCAUGCUCAUCAUACCCGUGCUCUCAGCGACAGUGGUCGCCAUUCUUCGACCGAUCGUCUUAAUGAUCGCGAUCAUGAGGAUGAGCGCCGCUCUAGCGAUAGGGAAAGUAAUCGUCCUCCUUCGUCUCAGGCUGAAAACAGUUUGGCUGUGGCUGCUGCAGCGGCGGCAGCAGCAGCUGCCAACGGCAAAGGCCAGUGGCAGUAUCCGGGCAUUGAUUUGAUGGCCACUGGGGCAUUUUGGCAAAAUUAUUCGGAAUCUUUGGCCCAAGAAAUUGAAUUGGAGCGCAAGACCCGUUCCGCCAAUGCUGAGCGUGACGUUAAAAGUCCAUUGGCAGAGAGACAAGCGGCAGCCUACUACAAAAAUUCCGUACUAUUUGGCAGUGCUAAUUAAAUAAAAGGUAUUUAAUAAAAAUAAAAAAGGACUAGCGAACAGAAUUUAUUAGAAAAUGUAAUA